AUAACAUAUAUGACGCUACCACUCUCAUCUUUUUUUUUUUAAAAAAGAUAAACUUGUAAAAUACCUACCCGACUUCAAUGAGGUACAACUUGUCACUUAAAGUUAUCACCCACACUCGGAACACUUCGACAUUAUCCGUAUUGAGAAUACAAGAAUGUUUUCGAUGACAACAAACAUGGCUACUUAGCAUACCUUUCGAGACAGAUCUUAGAUAACCAGUUAAUUGCAAUGGCGCAUCGACUUACAGAAUAACCCAGACUACAGCAAGGGUAAUUGUAUGCAUGUGAUUAUUUGUCUAUAGCUUGUAAUGUUGCCAUUGAUAUGUGCUGGGCAAAUAAGAACAAGCACAGUUUGACCUGCUGUUGGCACGAAGUCGACCCACAGGUUGUUGGCACGUGCAGGCCCGGCAUUGUGCAAUGAUAUUUGCAGCGACAGUCUACUUUAUGGACGGCGUAGUGGAGUAUCCUAUAUCAAGUGUAGGGCACAGCUCUAUGUGUGGAUGGAGCCUGAAUCAGCCUGCACAUUGCUGCUCUAACACUUGUACAUACAACACUGUACAAUGAUAUCCGCGAUUAACUUUCACUUCAUCUACAUUUAUCAUUUUAUCAAGAGCAAUACAAACAAACACACACAGAGCGAGAUAGAUAGAUAGAGAUGUUAACAUUAUUAAAUAAAUUUGUAUCAAAUGAAUGAUACUCACAAGAUUGACUUUAUCAGGUUGGGAACAUUUCCCCUACACUGGCCACAACGAUAUAUUCUCGCAAAAACGUGGUUAUCCCUCGUUUAGCGAGAGUAGAUAUAUCCCGUACAACCAAGAGAAACAUGUAUCUCUUUGUGAUUCACGUGAAAAGAAGAAAAAGUGCUAAAUUGUCCAAUACCUGGAUCUGCAAAUAUAUAAAUCUAAACAAAAACACUGGCGAUCUCUGAUGUGCACUGGAUUCCAUCCUUCCCUCUAGCACACCAAUGUUGAUAUGAAAUUUCUUGACUGUAUUUUCAAUUUUAUAGAGACAAUUCGUGUAAUCAGUCACUAAUGUUGAGUGUGUGUCGCACUUAUUCAGGAUUGCAUGGAAUUUGCCAUUAUUUUCAAUCAGAACGCCUGUUUAUGGUAAUGUUUUCUUUCUUGCUAAAGUGGGAUAAUUGCGUUUUAGCAAGAAGAUCUUGCUAUAGGGGUAGUGUUCCCAACCUGUUUAUAUAGUUCUUGUGACCAAUUUCAAAAAAUCUUAUAACUUAACAUUAAUCAUAUUUUUACGUCUUAUCAAAUGGCAUGCAUUUUUUGAAAUACAAAUUUAUGAUAAAUCAGUGAAAAGUAAAAAAUAUGAAUGAUACUAGAAUCUACCAUAUUUUCACUAAUCUUAUGCAUAGAUCUAUUUGGAAACAUUUUUGACCAAUUCCAAAUGUUGGUUUUAGUCCUUAUAGACCUCAUGUAAAAUGAUCCUCUCCUCAAGAUUGUAAUUAAGGUAUAUUGCUUUGCUGAAAUUCCAAAGUUGUCUUAAAUCAUCUUCAAGAGUCAGGGCAUUGAUAAGUAAACAUUUAUUGAUUUUCUGGAGACUUAAGAUUGGUUUCCUGCGAACAUUUUAAAUUAUGCAGUUUAAUGUACAUGCACUAACCAACACUGAAUGAGUAAGAAAAAUGUCUCGGAUCAAGGCAAGGUUUUAGAGAAUGAGCAAAGUAAUUUACAUAUCUGUUUCAUGUGUGCAGACUUCAAUUUACAGACAUGAAUUCCGUAAUCUGCCAAUAAUGAUAAAUGUAUGUGUUUGUGUAAAUGUUCGAGACCAAAUAUAUUUGAAAAAAAAGAUAAAUCUUCUGACUAUUUUGCUAAGGAGCUUAAUAAUAUACAAUGUAUACAAUAUAUAUACAAUAUAUACAAUGUAUUUAUAAACUUGAUCUUAAUUAUUAUCAUGGUUAUAUGCAUAUAUAUAAUCCUAUAAUAAUAAUUAUGUAAUUGCUAAUGAGUAGAAAUUACAUAAUAUUAUUGAACAUACUACUAUCCAAUUUUUCUCUCCUUUCUUGAUGCAAUAAAACCUCAUCAACAAGGUUUAUUUCAUUUUGUUUGUGUGAUAAGAAUACAUAAAUCUUUCUCAUCAUCCUUCCCUUUAAAAUGGUAAGCUGUUCACCUGUGGGUAGAUCGACUCAGAUGUAGAACCGCAUGUAUUGAUUUUACUGGUUUACUAUCUGUUAAACCAAAUACUCUUCCUUGCCACCUCUGAUGGCGGAAUUUCUCAUGGUGAAUCUAGUUAUGAUUCACUGAAGGUCAUUUUUAGACUGUAAGAAACGCUGAAUUUGGUGAGAAGGCUCUUAUUUUUUUAUUUUUACAUGGUCUAGAAAUCCAAGAUAAAACAGUUGCCAUGAAAAAGUUCAAGAAGACCAGCAUGGAGCCUGACCCUGAUGAAAUCUUACAUCCGGGGUCAGAAUCAUUGUCCUGGACCAAAGAGCAUGAGGAAAAGGCUAAAGGUAAACGGCCAUCUGCAAAAUACACCAAGUUCUCCGAGCAUGCACGAAACCUGAUCUCGGGGGAGAAGCAGUGUGCCCUGUUUUGUGGAGGAAAAAAAUGCAAGUACUGCACGUCCGAGAACUGGUCAAGGGAACAGAUGGCUAUUGACGGGCUCUACUCAAACUGGGUAACAGACAACAUUCUUGCCAUGGCGAGACCUUCAACCAAACAAAUGAAGGAGAAUAACAUCUUGGAUCAGUUUGUAAAACAUGACAUAAAGAGUGUGCUGAACCUUCAGAAGACAGGGGAACAUGCUGACUGCGGGGAGGGGCUGGAGAAGGCGGGGUUCUCUUACGACCCGGAGAUGUUCAUGGAUAACAACAUUUUCUUUUACAAUUUUGGAUGGCCGGACUAUGGAGUUGCCGCAUUAAGUACCGUGCUGGACAUAAUUAAGGUGUUACAGUUCGCUGUCACUGAGGGGAAGGUCGCGGUCCACUGUCAUGCAGGACUGGGAAGGACCGGUGUCAUCAUCGCCUGUUAUCUGGUCUACACAAACAGAAUGACGGGAUCGGAGGCCAUUCAUUACGUGAGAUCCCAGAGAAAUGGAGCUAUCCAGACCCGGGGGCAGAUGGAAUGUGUACAGGAAUUUGAGCAGUACCUUAAGCCCUUCAGGGUGGUGUUUGCCUCUAGGGCCCCAGGCUCCCACGAGUUCACACUACAGCAGUACCUAAAUCGUCAGAAACACGUACUUCAUGGAUACGAAGCGAGGAAACUUAAGCAUGUGCCAAAGGUGAUAUACGUGGUGUGCGAGAAGUUACUACAACUGGCAAGCCUUGGACAGUCUCUCAGCAAGUUUGGUUCUAGCAGUCGACGUUCUACCCAGAGCAGUAUGGUGUCCGCGGGGCUCGAAGAUUUCAUGACAGUGUCAAACAGGCGAAGUGAGUCCGAUGUUUCUCUCAAAACCUCAGCACAGAAUGGCAAGGAACAUUCCCAGAGGCUGAACUUUAGUGUGAGUGUCCCAGAGGUCAAAACCAAAGACUCCAUCCCUCGGAAUGAUUCACAGAAGUCACUUCAGACCCAGAAAUCCUCGCGACCACCACUAAUGAAAAACUCGAGCGUGAGCUUGGAAGAUCUUAGCGAUGAGAAGUUAAAAUCUGUUCUGAAAAUCAGUGAGAAUGAUGACUCGGAUUCAUCUCGUGAGCCGUCAAUCUCAUCGAGACAGAACAGCGAGAUUGCAGACACAACCUCCACGGAUGAGUUGCUGGGUGCCACCAAUGUGGUACUAUCUGUUAAGCAGGUGGUGGAUGCCUUGUCAACAUCGGAUAUAUCCGAGGAACAGUUCAGUCAGGCGGAAAAACUAGAGAUGAUGUUGAAUGACAGUGAAGAUGCCUGGAAUGACCUUGUCCUUGAGAAUGACCCGGUUGUCCUGGCACAAGUCAUGUGGGAUUGGCUGGACCACCUUAAGGUGCCGGCCCUAAGAUUACAAGAUCUAACGCUGAUGUCCCAGUUCUCGGAUGACCCAGAUACAGGUCUGCAAAAACUAGAGAAAGGCACACGAUAUACUCUGGAAUAUUUCCUCAAGAUAAUAGAGAAACUUAAACCAAUGGAUAAAAGCACAGAAAACCGAUUACUGGAGAAACUGUUGUCGUACCUAACACACCAGUGGGUCACAAUGUCCGACUCAUCCAUGUCCAGUACCACAGACAGCUGGUCGAUGUCCACACGAAGCAGCGAGGGCAUCGGCGAUGACCAUCACUGGGGGACGAUGAAAUUCGGCAUGUCUGUCAAACUCUGCGCAUUUAUCCGAAACAUACAGCAAAAUUUGAAAAGCAACUCCAAGAGCUGACGUUAGUGGUCACUAGCUUAUUCUAUCUUCAGUAGGUUGAAAGUUUUUGUUGUUAAAAAAAUGGGUUCACAGCAAUGUUUGUUAUCUGUUCCUUGAACAUGCAGAUUUUCAUGACUAUAGAGCCAUUUAGCGGCAUGUAUGUAUGAUCAACAGUCAGAUCUGAAUUAUUUUUUUUUCCACUGGGAUUUUGUGAAUUGUGUGAUAUCAUAGAAAGUUGUUUGUUUGCAUUUACAUGUAGCAUGUAAUCAUUUCAUUUUGAGGAGAUUUUAUUUCUUUACUAUAUGACACGAUGUAUUUUUAUAUAGUACAUGUAAUCUCGAUGCAUGUGAUGGUGCAUUAAGGAGUAUUUUUGAUAUCUCGAUUCUGUCUCGGAUUUUACCUGUAAGGUGAACAAGGAUCGCUCCACAAUUUCUGUUUCAGUCACAGUCUGUGUUUUGGUGAAUUUCCUGAAUUAAUGAUUUUUAAAUCUGUACUGAGGGCUCUGGACAGUAGGAAAUAUGUUUGUAGUGUUUGAGGUAAAUCUUAAAUUACUAUAAGGUGUCUUUUACAUAAAAUGGUGCAAAAUUGUUGUUGGAAAAGAUGAGAAGUUGGAUUUGAGGAGUAAUAACACACCAGAGAAAUCUGAUAUGGAUGAAAAGUGAAGGAUAUGUACAAAAAUAUUAUCAAAUUGAAAACUUUCAAAUUUACUUUAUUUAGUCAAAAAAUGCAAUUUUAGUAGAAAGUAAUCUGAUAAGAUUAAACCUUUGUGGACUUGAACCCACGAUCUAUAGAUCAGCAAUUGACACUCUAAUCAACUGAGGUACCCAGCAAGGAAAUCAAAUUUAAAAGAAAUAUACAAAUGUUACUGAUAUUUAUGCAUGUACUUUCAUUCAUAUUUUUAAAGGAAGUCGGCCAUUAUGAUGAUUUAGUAUGUACCUCCUUAACAUUGAUUGUAUAAUCAUAGUGUAAAGGGACCAGAUAAAAUUUUGUUGAUGUUUUUAAAAGCAUUAACAAUGGAACUGUAUCGAUAUUAUGUGAAGACUAAUCAUCAGAGAUCUUUUGGUGUAGCAUAAAAUGCUACAGUGACGAAUUUACUACAUGUAUUGACGAAAGUAAUGCAAAUUCAUUCCUGCUUUGCGUGUGUGCGAGGUUGUAGCUAUUUAAACACGAAGUUCAAAAGGACAAAAAAAAAAUCAGUUCUAUUUUGAAAACAACCAUUUUGCUCUUUCCAUUUGUGUCUUCCAAGAAUUUUCAUAAAAAUGUCGUAAAUUGUCGGCUUCAAUAUGAACGGUCCACCAUUUUGAAGAAAUAAAACAGAUCACUAACACAUCAUAAGGACGCAGUGUUGAAUUUAUUUGGUUGACUGGGUGAUCAACAUCGGAACGGUCAAAACCAUUCAACCAAAUAAAUUCAACACUGCAUUCUCAUGAUGUGUUGGUGAUCUUUUUAUUUCUUCAAGUUUAUACUUUUGGAUGCAGACCCUGUUUAAGACUUCAUGGUAUCCACUGAUGAGAGAUUUCCGCAAUUUAAACCUGAAAGUCUUGGUCUCCAGAUUGUUUACUUUGUUAGUCUACCAUUUUGACAAAAUUGUGUUUUGAAAUGAAUGCCAUGUUCAAAAUAUUUCAACAAACUGUGACACUUUUUCCCCUCGUUUCUCUGUUUUUAAUGUUUCUUCCUGCUGGCUGACUGGUUUUUCAAAUUCUGCUUGACGCAAAACAGAAAGUUACAACAAUAAAAUCGCCAACUGAGUUAAUUGUAAACAGAAAGUUUUAACGUUAAAAUUACCAAUGAAGUAAAUCUUAAAACAGAAAGUUACAAAUUGAUUUAAUCGCAAACAGAAUGCUACAAGAUUAAAGUCACCAAUUGAGUUGAUCGCAAACAAAAAGUUAUAAGAAUUCAGUUAAUCGCAAACAGAAAGUUACAACAUUGAAAUAAACAAUUGAGUUAAGUGGAUUUUUUUUUAAAACUUCAAUGAAAAUUAAAACGUAUUUAGAAAAUCACUCACAAAUUACUUUGAAUACUCAUAUUAAAAUCUUGAUGUGUCGGAAGAAAUGGCUAUACAAGGCACUGGCACUAGUGUAAUAGAUGUGAAUCAGAUCGUUCAAUCUAGUGCUGUAAGAAUUUGUGGCACAUGGAAAGAAAGAUAACCCUACAUUGCAUGAAUUAACCCACUAUCAUGUACAUGUAUAUACAGGGGUCGAAAUUAACUUUUUCUACCACAGGCUAAUUUUAGCCUGUGGGUAAAAAAAUCCACAGGCUAAAAUGAAAACCUACAAACUAAAACAAAAAUAAUGAAGCAGUGCUCUUUUUUCAUAUGUUUUUUAAAUCAAUGAUUUCCCCAUCAUUACUGAGCCUAGUGGGUCAACAGGCAUCGUUUGGACAAGACACUAAGUUACGUAAGUCAUAUGGUGCAAUGUUUAGGUCUCUUGAUUACCGAACCUCUAAUUCACAACCUAUUUACCGCAGGUCUAGAUCAUCAUGCCACAUCAGGGUUGUCACUAGUGAUUUUUCAAAGCGAAUCCCGGACUCGUGGUUUUAUAAGCAGCACGAUCAUGAGCCCCAUGAACUUUUUUGAUAAUCGUCUACGCGGUGAGCAGUGCACUCAUGUCAUCACUACAACCCGACCUCAAUAUGACAAUAAAUUAAUUUAGAUAGGACAUUCUCAUGAUUCUGAUAAAAAUAACUACCGGAAGACUUGGUAAAACACAGACUCCGAUUGUUUUUAAAGAUAAAUGAAAAACAAAAACCUCAUACUUGGAAUUCAAUUUAAUCACCCCUAUAGAUGAACAGGACUCAUGGCACAUGUCUAUAUUUUUCAUCAUAAUGCGAUGCACGAUGUCCGACCUCUAAAGCAUUUGUUUGACUCCGAUUUUCUUUAAAAAAUCAUAAAAGAAAAAUCCGGAUAUAAACGGUUGUUGAAAUCGGUCGUUCAUGUAAGCGUUUGUAUGAUUCAGAGUGCAAGUUUAAGAAAAAGUGAAUAGUGCAUCACCGUAUAAACGGAUACGAUAUGAUCAUAGUUUGUAAAUCACCACUCGCUAAGAUUUUCGAGUGUCCACUAUUUUUACUCGCUAUUUUUCAAAUUUACUCGCAUUUUGCGAGUAUUUCUCGCUAAAUUCGAGCCCUGAUAUAUUCAUGGUGCAUGGAAUCUCAUAUUCUGUACAGCAAUUGAAAUAUUUUCUAAUAUGCAUAUUGAAUAGUUAUGUUUUUAGUUUUGAAGCAAACAUUGAUAUUGUACAGAUGUUCUGUAUUUUUUGCCAUUCAAGUGAGAAAUUCGCUCUGGAAUGUAAAACAUAUUGAUAAAAGGUUGUGGAUUGUAUCAUAAUGAAAGUAAAGGGUUACUGAUUUUAUCAUUUUGAAAGUAAAGAGCUUCGGAUUGUAUCAUGAAAGUAGAGAGCUUCGGAUUAUAUCAUUGUGAAAGUAGAGAGCUUCAGAUUGUAUCAUUGUGAAAGUAAAGAGCUUCAGAUUGUAUCAUUGUGAAAGUAGAGAGCUUCAGAUUGUAUCAUUGUGAAAGUAAUGGGCUUUGGAUUGUAUCAUUAAGAAAGUAAAGGGUUGCAGAUUCUGUUAUUAUGAAAACAUUUUUACUCUAGAUCUGGAUCAUAUGAGAGAUUUUUCAAUGUUUGUAUAUUUUAAAAUAUGUCCGUGUGACGUGUCGCAGUUCAUACCCUCAUGAAGCUUACAUUUACUGUAUUUACAUUGUACUUUUAUUUCUCUUGGUAUUCCCAGCUGUAAAAAUAGACAUGCUAUAUUUAUCUGUAUUCAUAAGUGCAUUGUUUACAGCUGCAAUACAUGAGGGAAUGGCCAUCAUUACAGCUUGUAUAUAUACUGCACUCAAAUGAAAUCUCUCAAAACAAUGAAAAAUUUGACAGGGAGAUCAGAAAGAAGUGUGUAAUCCAUUCCUUAUUUCCUAAAUUUUGAAUUCAGUUAACAUGAUGGCUAGAUGUAAAGUCUAAAGGUUAACUAUUUUGUCAUGUUUAUUAUUGGUUCUGUCGGAAGUAUGCAUUUUGUACAUUUAAUUUAAUUCUGGUCCGUCCAAUCCUAUUGACUCUGUUUUUCAGUUUGUUUUUUAUAAUAUCUCUGUUAUUAUUGAAAAUCAAAAUAAAGUGGUAUUUUGA